ACUCCAGUGCGGUUUCUCGUCUUCACGCCCCGCCUUGGCAGACAAGAUGGCGACUCCUCCUGCGUCGUUAUCUUACUGUUUAAAACCAUUACUAGCUGCCUCCUAUUCAGCGUUCAACAAGAAUGAAAUACCAGAUUUUUCAAGAGCCAUUUCUAAGAGUGAAGAUGAAAUCCUCCAUCAUGCAGAAGAAUAUGAAUCUUUUUACUCAACAUUUGUCGCCUUAUCAGCUCACUAUUUGGGAGCAAAUGCAGGUUCCGUUACAAAGGUUAAUUUACCAUGUGUCAUAUCUGCGACAAAAGUUUUAUUGGCUUUCCUUGUGAACAGAUUACAAAAACACAGUACGAAUUGUACUAUUUCACAGAAAUAUAUAAUGAUCUUAAUCAAAGGUUUGUGUGAAGGCACAGGUAGCCUCCUCAAACAAGACAUUGUGACAUUCACAGCACUUCUCAAGUCAGCAACAACCCCUGAACACAUCACAGAAUCUUCUUCAGAAGAAGAACCUGAACCAAAAGAAAGCAAGAGACCCAGGCUAGAUUUUGGACAGAAUAUUUUUGACCAAUUAACCUCUGUCCUUGAGGAAGUAACCCCAUUUUCAAGUCACAUUUCAAAGUCUGAGGUUCCCGUUGAGACUCUAAAUUCUGAUGGUGACACCACUAUUGUCCAUGUUGCAGAUUCUCUGGAAGAAGUGCAGCUAUUAUUUGCCAAAAAAAAUCUGUCCAACCUUCUUCAACUCAAUGGUAGUGAAAUACUUGUGGAUGUUUGCUCUCAUCUACCACUACUUGCCCGUUAUAUUCACCGGUGUAGGGAGGCUAUCAGUAGCACUUCCUUUGUCCUACCUCUCACAUUAUCUGAAGCUCUUACAGCUAGAAAUAGCUAUCCAUCCCUGCUAAAUGAUGUGCUAAUUGUGUGGCGAGCCUUUAGUCUACCAGUGCUGGAGCCAUUAACUCCACGGCAACUCGAAAAAAUCACCAUAGUCACUUUAGGUUGCCUUUAUAGUUCAAUUGUUGUGGCAAUUUCAAACACCAUCGUUAACCUCGCUAGUGCAGUUCCAAUGAAAAAUCCUGCAAACAAAGAUGAAGAACUGGACAAUUGUGGAAUGACCAUUGUUCAAAAAACUCUUGAAAUUGUUAACAUCGUCUCAUCUGUGAUUAGAAAUUCCACCCGAGCUGGUGGACAUGUGGUACAGAACUUGCAUAUGAUGGCUGCCUGGUUACUACUGAAAGGGUUACAGAGCAUUUUAUCUCUGACUCUCUACGUCAUACUUGAGCGCAAAGAUUCUACACGGACCAAAAGCCAAGAUUCUCAAAAAAGUUCUAAAGAAUCUCAAAAUAUUCGACCAGCUUCUGCAAAGAGUUUUCAAGGAUUUGGAGUUUUGUCUGUUGCUUUAGCAUCAAAUGCGAUCCAGCUGCUUUCAAAAUUACUUGAUGAUUUGCAAGUUGAAGGGAAUGUGGUCAAGGAGAAAGAUGAUGAAAUGAAAACCAGCAUUACAGCUGGAUUUACUGCUUGGCAGAGAGUGCACAAGCUAACAUGCUGUAUCAAUUUAACUGACUUGUUGUUCAACUUGGUAACAGUCUCGUUUAGAAAGGCUUCAUCUCUCAAGAGACAAAAGCAAGGAUCAGAGACAUCUGAAACAAGCAGCAGUAGUACAUCUGAUUCUAACACUUAUUAUGAGGACGACUUCAGCAGUUCAGAAGACAGCAGUGAAGAAGAAGUAGAAGAUGAUGAACCACUGUUAGGCUUAUGGUUUGAAGAAACACUCUCACCUACAGAAACAACUGAUCGAGCACCUUCACCACCACCUGCUCCUACACAAGAUGGAACCAACAAUGGAAAACGUUCUCGACAAGUUAGUGAUGAUGACAGCAGACCAAAUUUUAUUCCUGACCGAAAAGAGCCAGAUGGGUUUGUCCACUUAGCUGCAGAUAUAUUAAACUUCAUGAACCACUAUUUUAUCAAUUCAGUCAAUCCAGCUAUACAGAAGCUUCUAAGGGAGGCUUUGAAUGAAGAACACAUGUCUAAUCUUGCAUUGGUUAUCAAAGAACUGGAUAAAGAAUGCUGCCGAUCUGGUUCAGAUCGCACCUAUGAAGAGCUUUCAGUUGCUUUGGCAAAGUUUAACCACAGUUUAGUGGCAACUGGCUCGCUAUCAGAGAAUUUGCAGGAUUGUCUUCUGAUUAGCUUGGGAGUGAAUCCUAAUACUUCCGAGGCUUGGCCUCUUACAGUAUAUCCUCGCACUCUCGCAGUUCUAGCAGAAGUCAUUCUUCUGCGCCAACAGAAGGAAAGAGAAACCUCCCCCAAAAUCAUCAGGAGUGUUACUGAGGUUCAGGUAAUGAAUAUAUGGGCUCAGUUCACUCGAACAUUGAAGCAAGCUAUUUUAAACUUUGAUAACAAAAUUGAUCAAUUUGAAGAUGUCAAUGUGGAACAUUUGCAGGUCCUUUUGUUCCUUUUCCACAGCUUGCCUCUGAUGCAGAAGAAGUCUCUACUAUUGCAACUGGCUGAACAUCUUAUUGCGAUUUCUCAGGUAGAUCACAGUAAACUGGUUGGCUCUGUACCACUUCCUCUGUCUCGUCUGAUGCUAGUUUUUGAUUACUUUGUGCACUAUUUUUAUGAUCCACCUGCUGUUCUCAUUGAUCAAGUACAGUGGAACCUUUUCACAGUACAUACACUUGGGCAAGCAGGGGAGCGAGAUGCCAGUUUACCAAGAGCAAGCCAAUUCUUUCCAUGCAGAGAUGUUGAAGGAAAUUUUCGAAAAAAUCUGAGCCCCCAAGAAGCCACAGAAAUUGGUGCUUUCUACCCUCGUUUUUACAACUUGGGUCCCACAGAACUGCACAUGCAAGAUACACCAAAGGUAGAUGGUCUGGCCUGUAGUUUCCUUUUGUCCAGUACAGAAACUGUCAGUUACAACAAAUUAUAUGAAGCAUGUAUUGUUUUAUUAAUGGCUGGAUCCAAAUGUGAUAAAGUGUUGGAAAAAUUGAACUUGCUGGAGGCUUCUGUUAUGAAUUAUCACUUUAUAAUUUGCUGGCGUCUUCUGGCCUGUCUACCUCCAUCUUUGGAAUACCUACAGAUGCUUGAAUCUGGAGAAUUAGGAAUGGGUCCUGGGCAUAUUCUUCACACACUCAGAUGGGCUCCCAGACUUGGACACAAAACAUUUUCAGGGUGGAUUAAGGAUAGUUUAGUGAAACAAGGGCAGACAACACAUCAGGCGGAUCAACUCCUCACCAAUGCUGAUAAAAUGGCUAACUCUGUAUAUUAUGAUGUUCGACUAGCUAUUAAUUUUAUUCAAGAACAGAUGACUAGCUUCCCUGCUGUUGAUCACCGGACUAUUCUUUCUUCUAAUGAUCUUCCUGGACUAUCUUCAAUUUUAAUGCUUGAUGCUGUUGUUGCCAAAGUCCAAAUCUCUUUGGAUGAAAUCUUUACAAAGGCUAUGGCUGAUCCUGAUCCCUACAAAUCAAUGGUAAUUGCUUGGGACUUAGUCCCUUCUGCUUUUCGUUUAGUAGAAGUUUACACAGUUUUUGUCAGAUCUUGUAUUCUGGGACAAGUGGCUCAAACAGGAGAUAUUGAGUUGACUCAACACAUGCUUGAAGCAUAUGGUACUGCCAUCAGUAUUGGUUCAAGCCAUUCCUCUGCAGUGUCUAUGCUAGGACUGGGGAUUUUCAACUGUCUGCCGGCUCCCAUCAAAAAUGCUAUCGAAAAGUGGAACAACAGUAGUGGCAAUGAAUUCCCUACUAUAGGAGCCUGGCGUAAUGCAUUUGCUAAUGACAUCAUUCCUUCAGAAAGUUAUAUUGAUGUGAUCCACAGUGCACAUAUUGGAACAUUAUCAGGUCAAAGUCAGUUUUCUGUGAACAGUUCCCUUCGCCAUGUACUUCAAGCAUUAGUGCGCUUCUGUGGUGAUAUUGUCAAUUGGUGUCCAGAAACAACCGGGAAUAACAAAUAUGUCAAGGCACUGUUUCCAUUACUGUUUGAUGCUUCAACAGAAUAUUUGGUUGACAUGGUAACAAUGUCAUUGGAAAGAUUUCUUGGUGAAGGAGAAGGGGAGAAAUUCAUCAUGAAAACUUACCUGUAUGUACUGGAAGUUUGUCAAGAGCUUCUCAUUGAAUAUACAAAUGAAUUAAGUGGCUUGGAUGAAAAAAUAUUUGUGGACUGCUUGAAAUUCAUGGAUAGUCACCUUGAAAAAACUGCUGGAAAAAAAGCUUUUGAAAAAUUUUAUAUUGAAACAGGAGAUUUAUGUGGUCUGCUUCUGGCUGCUGCUAAUUUAUCACCCCAGUUUGCAACAAAGAUUUUGAAGUUUUUCAAUAAAUUAUUCAUGCUUGCUGAAAAAAAUCCAAAUGACAAAGACUAUGAAUCCUUGUGUGGCUGCUUAACAAAAUUGGCCUCGGUUGACAUAGCAACACUACAGACGUGGUUAUGGAAAAUUGCUUUGACUACACCCCAGGAUUCUACUGAAGAAGCUGCAAUGAAAGAAAACAGAAUGCUGCUACAGAGCCUGACUGGGUUCUUUGUUAAAGAUAAAAGCCCAGUCAGUGAGAAAGUAGCUCAAACAAUUCUUGUUACAUUAAUUCCAAUGGGUACAAAAAUUCUAGCUUCCAAUAAUGAUAGUCAAGGUUUCUCUGAUCUUGUCAGUGUAAUGAGAUCUUUAGCUGGAGCUGGUCAGGGAAGUGGUCAUAAGGCACUGUUCCAGGCUGCUGUUGGAUGGUUGGAGACUUGUUAUUCUCACCUUUCUCAAAAAGAUGUCAUGGAAAAAAUCAAAGAAAAUGUGAAAUCUGGAAAGCAUCUGUCCAUCUUGGAUGCAAUGUGUUCCUUGCUUUCUCACGUGGGAGAGGUGCUCAGUGCACUGAAAAGAAAUUCUGAAAGAGGUGGAGCCACUUCCCCUCCAAUAGACCAUGAUGCUACAACUGCACAGGAUUUGGAUAGUGAUUGGGCUGAUGAAAUGGGUGGAGAUGAUGAAGAUUCUGCUGCCGAGGAUUCGCCUGAAGAGGACGAACAAUAUCAAUUACCACUGCAGGAUGAAGAAUCCCUGAAUAAUAAACUAUGUACAUUUACAAUAACUCAAAAAGAAUUCAUGAACCAACAUUGGUAUCAUUGCCAUACAUGUAAAAUGGAAGAUGGGGUUGGUGUAUGCACCAUUUGUGCCAAAGUUUGCCAUAAAGACCAUGACUUGUCCUACGCCAAAUUUGGCUCCUUUUUCUGUGAUUGUGGAGCCAAAGAAGAUAGUAGUUGUCUGGCUUUAGUAAAGCGCACACCACAGAGUGGUUUGGACAUUAGUGGUGCAAACUCCAGUCCCUCCCCUUUCUCAGGAGAAACAACAUUACCCAGUUCUUUGCGUCGGAAGCUAUCUUCUCCAGCCCCAGCAGAUAGGACUGAUGGCUUCAAGACUACUGACCAGUCGGUAAAAUUAAGUGAAACUCUUUGCAAACAAAUCGAAGUGUACCGAGACUUCUUACUGAAAUAUUUAGAUUCUGCAAAUACUGUCAAAACGGUAUUGGACUUACUGGAUGUUGUUUUACCAUCUAUGGUUGAAAACUAUCAAGGCAGCUUUCCCAUGGGAAGUGUGGCAAAUGCUCAGAAAGCUCUUGGUGAUCUACACACCCUUCCAAAAACAAUAGACACAACUGACCAAUUGAUGACUGUAACUUUGGGCUCACAAGAAGGAGCCUUUGAAAAUGUCCGCAUGAACUAUAGUGGAGAUCAAGGUCAAGCCAUCCGUCAACUGAUCACUGCUCAUAUGGUGCGGCGUGUUGCUAUGUGUGUCUUAGCAUCUCCCCAUGGUAAAAGACAACAUUUGGCUGUUAGCCAUGAGAAAGGAAAAAUUACUAUUUUACAGUUAUCAGCUCUCUUGAAGCAAGCAGAUUCAAGUAAAAAAAAGUUAACCCUUACAGUGAUCAACAUGAUGAGAUUAGCUUCUGCUCCAAUUCCAUUCACCGUUCUCUCCAUUACUGGCAAUCCCUGCAAUGAAGAUUUCCUUGCUGUGUGUGGAGUAAAAGAUUGCCAUGUUCUUACAUUCACCAGUAAUGGCUCUGUCGCUGAUCAUUUGGUUUUGCACCCAUCACUUGCUUCAGGAAAUUUUAUCAUCAAGGCUGUGUGGUUACCAGGCUCCCAGACUGACUUAGCAAUUGUAACAGCAGAUUUUGUCAAGAUCUAUGAUUUGUCUUUGGAUGCAAUUAGCCCUCAGUAUUACUUCUUGCUACCAAGUGGCAAAAUUCGUGAUUCUACAUUUGUGUUUGGUGAAGAUGGCUGCACUAUGGUACUGAUGUCAUCGUCAGGCCACAUCUACACUCAGAUUAUGGAAGAUGCAAGCAAUGCUCGUCAUGGACCCUUUUACAUUACCAAUAUACUUGAAGUGAAACACAGUGACAUAAAGGAUACAAAUGGUCAAAUAGCUGGUGGUGGAGUUUCUGUUUAUUAUUCCCAUGCUUUGCAGUUAUUAUUCUUCAGUUAUUCUCAUGGAAAAAGCUUUAUUGCCUCUGUUGCCAAAGACCUCUCUCAAGUUAUCAAUCUGUUUCCAAUUGUACUAAAAAGUAACAGUGGUUCUAAUGGUAGUAGUAAAGGCAGUAACAACAACCAGUCCCUAGUCCAGUGGUCAGAAGUCCCUGGCCACCCUGGUUUGGUUUACUGUAUGACCCAAAGUGCAAACAAUCCAGUCAUCCUCAUGAUCAAGCCAACUUGCAUUCUUCUUCAAGAAAUUAAAGUACUCCCAGCAAAAGCUAAGAUACAAGACAUAGUGGCCAUUAGACAUCCUGCCUCCAAUUCAGAUCUGCAACGUACAACAAUGAUUUUGUUGUGUGAAGACGGUAGUUUGCGUAUAUACAUGGCAAAUAUAGAGAACACCAAAUAUUGGCUGUCUCCAUAUUUACAACCUCAAAACCCAAUAGCUGCUCUUAGACCAACAAAAAAGAAAAUCUGUAAAUCAGGACGGCCAUCAGGAUCUGUGAAUUUUCCCAUUGAUUUCUUUGAACACUGUCAGUCAACAAACGAUAUAGAGUUUGGUGGAAAUGAUAUCCUGCAGGUUUAUAAUGUUGCACAAGUAAAACAUCGCUUGAUUACUGGUGGAAUGUAUAUUGUCAGCACAAAGCCUGGAGGUUUUACCAUUGAGAUUACUAAUACAAACAGCAACAAUGUGAUGGUUGGUGUGCGAGUAUCUGUAGGCAAUAUGAGUGUUGAAAGAGCUCCUUCCUACUUGGAAGUAUUUGGCAGAACAGUGCAAGUGAGUGUAUCAAGAGUUCGUUGGCAUGACUUGCCUUUCACCAGAGAAGAAUCGUUGAUGGCAGAUAAAAAAUUCAACCUAUUUGUUGGAACUAGCUCUGACCCAGCUGGUGUGACAGUUGUUGAUUCAAUAAAAGUGUAUGUGAGAUCAAAAGAGUCAUUUGGUUGGCCAGAGGAACCUGAUGAAUAUCCUGAAACAACUACUAACAAGCCACCAAUUAAUGGAGCUGGUCCAGUUAAUAAUGUCACCGAAUCUGAUGCAGUACCUUUGACUACUAUUCCUCUCACUUCAACAGACAGAUUACUUGCAGGAGCUUUGGAAGUACUUGAUGGAUCCUUUUCCACCUAUCUCAAUGCCGAAGACAAAUUUCAUGGAAGCAGUCCCCCAGCACCUGUGAAAUUGCCACAUCAUCAAGCUGCUCUUGAAAUUGCAACCAGUCUACUUACUUUACCGACCCCAAACAGUGUCCAACAGCAGACAAAAAGUUUGCUGGCAUCUCUAUUCCCAACAAAGGCUGCAUAUCACAAUCACAAAGAUCAUGCCCAAUUAAGUCACGUAAUGCACAGCCUUCUUCAAGGUUCCCAAGACAUGGAUGUAGAAGCUUUCCAACGUUUGGUUGUCACUGCCCGUUCUAUUGCUGUCACAAGACCGAGCAAUCUGGUGCGGUUUGCUGAGAAAGGUAGUGCUGUGAUUGAAGAAAUAAAAGAUGAUUCUUCAAGCGGAAGUGAUUGCAGUCCCAAAACGGAUGAGGCUGAAUCUGCUGAAGAAGGAUGUACUUUUGUGUCCCAAUUGAUGAAUACCUUUUGGAAAUUAUAUGCUGCUAAACCACCGAAUAUUAUGCUAGCUCCAGUUUGUAUGCCAGGUUUAGCUCAUGUUGAAGCUACUGUAGUAGCACUUGUUGAGAUAAUCCAUGCUUUCUGCAUCUGUGACCUGACUACUGUAAAUCAAGCUACAAAGCAAUAUGUCCGAUUAUUGCUUUGCCCAGAUCCUUGUGUAAGUUUUGCCUGCAAACAGGCAUUACUGAAAGUUCUUCGCCCCCGGCAUAGACGGCAAAGACGAGUCUUUAUUCCCUCACCACCAAGAUGUACUUCUCCUGGAAAAAGAGGAGCUACAGCUGAUGAUGAUGAUGACUACGAACACCAGAGCAAAGUACCCAAAAGCCAUGUGCAACAUGAAAAUAAGCCAGAACCAGAAGUUCUAGAACAAGACCAAGAUUUGAUUGGAAAUUAUGCUGAACAGAAUGAACCAAUGAUAUUAGAACCUGCAGACCACAAUCUUCCUUUAGAAGCUCUUCUAGGUGGAAGUGGGGCAAAUUUCCCUCCAAUUGUAGACAUUCCUCCUGAUGCUGAUGAUGAAACUAUGGUGGAGUUAGCAAUUGCACUCAGUCUACAAGAUCAGUCACGACAUGGCACUGAACUGAGCUUGCAAAGUUUGGGACUGGCAGGACAAAACAAUGCUGUUUCACUACUAGAAGAAGGCCCACUAUCUGACACAACGGCUUCAGCUCCAGGCAGUGAUGAUGAAGUUGGCAGUAAUGCAGCUACAGAUGGAUCAACGCUGAGAACUUCCCCAGCAGAACAUGCAGGCAGCGCUGGCUCUGAGAGUGGUGGUAGUGCUGUUGACUCCGUCUCUAUGAGUGGCCGAAGUAGUGCAUAUGGUGAUGGAGCUCAUGAAAGUACUGCCACUGGAGCUCGAAGUGAAACAAGUAGUGUAGGUGUACCCAGUGGAUCCAUGCCACCCGAACUUGGAGAAGUUUUGGAUACUGAGACUGAUCACGAUACCACUUACAGGUUACAUUCUCUUCGUUUGAUGUUGAUGGAACAACUUAUGCAGCAUUUCCAUGAGCUACGGGAAGUUGGUGGUGUCCGAGCAAUUCCAUUUAUGCAGGUUGUUCUUAUUCUCACGGCUGAUCUUGAUAAUGAGGAAGAGAAAGACCGUGCUGCUUUAGACAGCUUAUUGACCACUAUGCUGAAAGAAAUGAAUUUCCCAGGAAAAGAACUGGAUCACAUUUCUGAAAGAUCAAAAUACCAUGAAGUGAAGCUAGCCUUAUUAAGACUCUUCAGUGUCUUGCUGUCUCGCACCAAAGCUGGCACUCGAUCAACGUCUGAGAACUCAUUCAUAAACCUUAAUGCAGCAAGUGCCUUGUUAGCUUGUGGAGCAAUAGACUACUGUUUGACUGCCCUCCAUAACUUGUUACCUUAUUGGAAGCAAUACAAUGGAGAUGAGGAUGAAGGAUCUAAUCUCCCAGGCCAACUUUUGAAACCCCACCCAAUGUGGCCACCACCUGACAUGACACCUUUCUUCCUGAGACCAUAUGUCAAAGGUCAUGCUAAUGAUGUCUUUGAGGAUUAUCCCCAGUUGUUAACUGAAAUGGUUCUCAGACUUCCUUAUCAGUUGAAAAAAAUUGCUGAUUCAAAUACCGGAAUUCCAACACCUGUAUUUGAAGAUGGUUGGUUCAGUAUACUUUCAGAAUACAUGAUGACACCUCAAACACCUUAUGUGAAGAGGCAAGUAAGAAAAUUGCUACUUUUCAUCUGUGGUUCAAAAGAGAAAUAUCGCCAACUACGUGACUUACAUGCGCUUGAGUCUCAUCUGAAAUCAGUUAUGGAAAUUUGCCAUAAGAGUGGUUUAGAUGUAACGGCUGCUGAUAUGUUCCUUGGCACCAUUAUUCUACCAUACGAUACUCUUCUCACAAUGAUUGAACAUUUGAAGCAAUGCUCUGAAAUUGCCACUACACGUGCUAACAAUUGGCAGCUGUUUUGCCAGAAGGAAACUGAUAUCCUUGUGUUUUUGAUGAAAGCAAGCAUCAUGCUUGAUGAAGGUGUUGCCCCUGUCUUGCUACAGCUGCUCCAGUCAGCUGUGUGUGGCUCAAAGAUAACUCAGCUAGCAGGUUCAAGUUCUAAUAGCUGUGGAUCUCCUACUAAGCGCAAGAAAGAAAAAGAUUCUGCACCUAAUAUGAAUACAGAAGCUAAUGAGGAUAAUGGCCAACGCCAAUUCCAGCAGCAGAUGGAUGAGCAGCUCUGCUAUGACCUGGUGCAGCAACUUAACCAAACGGUGGAUCAUGCCCUCCUUAUGAAGUUUGUGCGCUCCUUCCUCUUAGAGUCCAACUCAACUAGCUGUCGCUGGCAAGCACACUCUCUUAUUCUACAGAUUUACAGAAACUCCACCAUUGACCAGCAACAAAGUCUGUUAGAAUUACUGUGGAGUUUAUGGAAAGAACUACCUCUCUAUGGUCGCAAAGCUGCUCAAUUUGUUGAUCUUCUUGGCUUCUUUGUGCUGAAAACAAGUCAAAAAUCUGAUAAAAAGAUCCAAGAGUAUUUAGAAAAAGCAGUGUCUGUUCUAAAGGAAGAAAACCAGAUAUUAGCCAACCAUCCAAAUGCCACAAUUUAUAAUAUGCUUCAAGGUUUGGUUGAUUUUGAUGGCUACUAUUUAGAGAGUGAUCCUUGUCUUGUCUGCAAUAAUCCAGAAGUUCCUUUUGCAAACUUGAAGCUUUCUGCUAUUAAAGUUGAUUCUAAAUUCACUACCACAACUCAAAUUGUAAAAUUGGUUGGCAGUCACACUAUUUCAAAGAUCUCCCUUAGGAUAAGUGAUCUGAAAAGAACUAAAAUGGUGCGUGUAAUGAAUAUCUACUACAACAAUAGAUCCGUACAAGCUGUGGUGGAGUUGAAAAACAAGCCUGGUUUAUGGCACAAAGCUCGUAGAGUUACACUUGGAAAUGGACAAACUGAUGUUAAAGUAGAAUUCCCCAUUCCAAUUGUAGCCUGUAACUUAAUGAUUGAGUAUGCUGAUUUCUAUGACAAUUUACAAGCUACUGCAGAAACGCUGCAGUGUCCUCGGUGCAGUGCAAGUGUUCGAGCUAAUCCUGGUGUUUGUGGCAAUUGCGGAGAAAAUGUUUUUCAAUGUCAUAAGUGCAGGUCUAUUAACUAUGAUGAAAAAGAUCCUUUUCUGUGUAAUGCUUGUGGUUUCUGCAAAUAUGCUAAAUUUGACUUCACGAUGACUGCCAAGCCAUGCUGUGCUGUUGAUCCCAUUGAAAACGAAGAUGAUCGGAAAAAAUCAAUUGCAACUAUCAACAGCUUAUUAGAAAAGGCAGAUCGUACUUAUAAACAACUGCAAGCCCACAAACCAGCUCUAGAAAAUUUGUUGAUGCAAGUGACAGAACACAGCUCUGACAAAACUUUGAUCUAUACCCCAGUCAAAGAUCUCACAAAUCGCUGUUUCAAAACUAGUCAGCUGAGUUGUUUUGGGGAAGAAAGCACUGCAGCAAAUGUCCCAAACAGUAGUGUACACAAGGCCAUACAGCAGUUGGCCACGAAGUACUGUAUCGAAUGCAAAUCAUCAUUUGAUGAGCUCAGUAAAAUCAUUCAGAAAGUACUUGCCUGCCGUAAGGAGCUUGUUGAUUAUGAUCGUCAACAGAAAGAAGCUGUUUUAAGUGGUGUGGCCAGUGACUCACCGAUUACAAGUCCGCAAGGAAGUGUGACGAGUUUAAUGCACCAGUCACACCCUUCAAUGUCAUCUUCCAUACACAAAGCAAGAGAUAGUCAUCGACCAUCAACUUGCUAUGGUUGUGCCAGUGCUGCUGUCAGCCACUGCAUCACAUUACUGAGAGCUCUUGUCACUAAUGCAACAAUGAGGCAGAUUUUGUGUAGCCAGGGAAUGAUUAAAGAACUGAUUGAUUACAAUCUACGCCGAGGUACUCUGAGUGUACGCAAUGAGGUCCGAUCCCUUUUGUGUCUUCUUACACGAGAUAACCGCCGAGCUACAGAAGAAAUGAACAACUUACUUAUGACCAGAAUAGCUUCAGCUAUGAAUGCAUACCUUUCAAACCCUGAUUUGGGCUCUUCGGUGCGCCAUGAAAUCCUGUUACUAGCAAGUUCGGUUCAACAAGAAGAUUCUUGUUGGGAGCAAAGAGUACGCUGUGUGAUGCGCCUCUUUCUCAUGGGGAUGCAACUAAAGAGUCCUCUGGUGAUGGAAAGCAUUACUUUGCCUUGUUUGAAAAUUAUUCAACAUCUUGUAAAAUCCGAUGGUCAGUCAAAACGUGGGAAGGAAAAAGACACCAAUUCUUCAGAUAUCCGGUUGAUGCCGAGUGGCAUCCAUAUGAAUGCCAAGUCGUGGUUAGCUGGUGAUCCAAAGUUUUGCUUCCAGAAUUGGAGACGUUAUCUUCCCAAAAGAAAUGACAAAGCCUCACCAGAAACUUCAAAAAAGAAGAAAGAAGAAAAAAAUGAAAUCCGAUCCCGUUAUUUAAUGGAAAAAUAUGGUCAGCGAUGGUUACUCAAAAUGUGGAAGAUGCCUUGCCUCCAGCUUCAUUUAUCUCAAAGCUCCUGGCUUCGUCAAGCUAUGUUUUGCACAUCUUCACGUCUGGCACGUAAUACUGCCUGUGCAAUUAUCUCAUCUAUAUGCCAAGUUCCAAAUCGCAGAAAACAAAUGAUAGAUUUAUUAACCACUUACCUUGAUGACAUUGGUAAAAGUGGAGAGUGUGCCUCUGAAUUUCUGAUGGUCUAUCGACGUCUAAUCACUCCUAUUCAUUGGAAAUAUUAUCUCACCAUUAAAGGAAUUCUUUUUCAUCUUGGCCAUCUUCUAACUAAUGAAAUAGAGCAUUUAGAAUACCUUGAGGAAACUAGUCUGAGUUCAGAUCUCUCACAAGGAUUUGCACUGAAAUCAUUAACUGAAUUGCUUUCAUUAUUUGUGGAACAAGAAAACAUCAAACAUCAAUAUAAGAACAAGUUGGUGGGUUAUGUGCUCAAUGGUUACUUAUGUCUUCGUAAGUUAGUUGUACAAAGAACAAAACUGAUUGAUGAGACUCAAGACAAACUUCUUGAACUUCUUGAAGAGCUCACCACGGGUACAGAAUCAGAAACGAAAGAAUUCAUGGCAGUAUGUGUUCAAACAAUCAAGAAAUACCCUCUUGAUGAUUACCGAUCCCCAGUGUUCAUCUUUGAACGACUCUGCAGUAUCAUUUAUCCAGAAGAAAAUGAUGUGGGUGAGUUCUUCAUGAUCUUAGAGAAGGAACCCCAACAAGAGGACUUUCUCCAAGGAAGAAUGCUGGGUAAUCCCUACAGUUCCAAUGAGCCAGGUCUUGGACCCCUCAUGAGAGACGUUAAAAAUAAAAUUUGUCAAGAUUGUGAAUUGGUUGCACUCUUAGAAGAUGACACAGGCAUGGAGUUAUUGGUGAACAAGAAAAUUAUCAGCUUAGAUUUGCCAGUGAAAGAAGUUUACAAGAAGAUUUGGGCUCCUGAGCAUGGCGAUGGUGAACCAAUGCCUAUAGUAUAUCGUAUGAGAGGCCUUCUUGGUGAUGCUACCGAAGACAUGGUAAACUCGUUAGACACAAGUACAGACGAAGAUGUUGAUAAGGAAGAAGUCUAUAAAAUGGCUUCUGUGCUUGGAGAAUGUGGAGGUCUGGAAGUCAUGCUUCAAAGGCUAGCGACUAUCAAAGAUUUGGUGCUAGGUAAACAGCUGAUGAUGGUACUGCUUAAAUUAUUCAGUUAUGCAGUAAAUGUGAAAGCAAACAGACUACAACUCAUAAAACCUGAAAUGAACACAACUAGUAUAAUGCUAGGUGGCCUCAACUUGGCAUUAUGGUCUGAACAAGAAAGUGGCAUCAGUGGCAGCAAAGGUCAGAGUAUCACAGAGCAGGUAUUACAAAUAAUGGAAGUUAUUUUGAUGGAAGCUAGCUGCCAGCCAACUGAUGAAUAUAAGAAAUUUUCUAAACUUUGUGGUGACAAAGACCAACUAAUGUUACUACUAGACCGAAUUAACAGCCCAUUUGUGAGAGCCAACUCUAGUGUACUCCAAGCUCUUAUGAAACUUAUUCCAUUCUUGGCAUUUGGAGAUGAAGAUAAAAUGUUAGCUCUGAUUAAUCACUUUAAACCUUAUUUAGAUUUUAACAAAUACGAUUCUGUUUCCAGAUUUGACUUUGAGCAUAACCAAGAUGAACAAAUCCAUUUAGAAUGUUUCUGUGUUAUUGCCAGUGGUAUCAAGAGUACUGCUAAUGGAACUUGGUUGAAGAAUAUGAUCUUGGAGCAUGGUAUUGUCAAUUCAGCUGUGGAUUUCAUUUUAUCUCACGCUCCUCCAGUGAAGACAAUUGGCACAAGUUGUCAGAGUCGUACAGAAGAAAUGAGCACUGACACAGAAGACUGGCAGGAGUUCCUUGGAAAAGCAUCUUUGAGUUAUGUUCUCCGAUUGUUGACAGGAUUAUGUUCUGGACACACUGGAACUCAGUUAUUAGUUGGAGAAGAGUGUAUUCCAAUUCUUCACAAGCUCGAACAGAUUUCUUCAGAUAAACACAUAGGUACAAUGGCAGAGAAUUUACUGGAAGCUCUGAAGGAAAAUGAACAGACGGCAGCUAAGAUAAUUGAUGUACGGAAACAAACAAAAGCAGAAAAGAAACGACUAGCAAUGGCUGUUCGGAUGAAACAACUUGGUGCUUUGGGCAUGACGACAAAUGAAAAGGGCCAAGUAACUGUCAAAAGUUCUGUUCUCAAACAAAUGGAAGAAUUAAAGGAAGAAAUAGGUCUUACUUGUUGUAUUUGUCGAGAAGGUUAUAAAUAUCAACCACAGAAGGUCUUAGGUAUUUAUACAUUUACUAAACGAGCCAACCUUGACAACUAUGAGAAUAAGACAAGGAAGUCACAAGGCUACAGUACAGUAUCCCACUUUAAUGUCGUGCAUGUUGACUGUCACACGGCUGCUGUCAGACAUGCAAGAGGUCGAGAGGAAUGGGAAAGUGCUGCUUUACAAAACGCAAACACUAAGUGCAAUGGUUUAUUACCUCUGUGGGGCCCGCAAGUCCAGGAGUCAGUGUUUGCCACUUGUCUUGCCAGGCAUAAUGCUUACUUACAAGAAUGUACUGGUGUCCGGGAUCCAAGCUAUCCGUACACCAUACAAGAUAUAAAGUUGUUACUGUUAAGGUUUUCUCAUGAAAAGUCUUUCAGUGAAGACAGUGGAGGAGGUGGUCGCCAAAGUAAUAUGCACCUUGUACCGUACUUAAUGCACAUGGCAUUAUAUGUCAUAAACACAACUCGGUCCGUUCCUCGAGAAGAAAAGAAUCUUAGUAACUUUUUGGAAAUGCCUAAAGAGAAAUGGGUAGAAAACUGUUUUGAGGCAGAAGGUCCGUUGUAUUGGUCAGUGAUGGCUGUUCAUAUUUUAUCACCUCAAAAGUGGAGAGAUCACCGAGUUAGUCUGAUUGAGCGACUCUUUAUCCUUGCACAUGCGAGAAAUGUUUGCUCGACUGGAGCGAAAGCAUUACCAGAUCGUACACUGAAAGAUCUUUCCGUAUAUAAACCUGCCUUUGUAUUUUUUGGUCUCUUAUCCGGGUUAUAUGACAAAAUCUUUAAGAUUUGUUUUGAAUUUCAGAAAGUAACAGUAGGGAAUGAUGGUUCCUGGAGCUCAGCAAUUGCAGAACACAUCAGGCACAAUGAUAAAUCUCUUCUUGAAACUUGUGAUCGAUUAGUUGCUAGUUAUGAACAAGAAAUGUUGCCCUGUGAAUCUAUCAUGGAAUUCUUUGAUGUAUUUGGUCUCUUAGAAGAUGUUCCCAAUCCUGAACAGUUCUUCACGAAUCUUUUAUCUUCUUUUACUACACCUUCUACUAACAGAUCUUCAGCAACAUCCCACUAAAUGUUUCUUCUGCCUCUUUUUCUUUGGGGGGGAAAAAGAUUUGGUGAUCACUUCUGGCAACUUUCACACAUUGCCUACUUGUACAAUAAAACAGUACUAUAACAGUAAUUUCUAUGUUUAAAUUAUGUUGUUUCUCUCGCAUGUUUCCGACUAAGUAUUAAUGAUUCCAUCUGUAAGGUAAUGUUACUCUUCCCUGUAAAGUUGAUGAUAGCUUUAUGAUCUUGGCUGUGACCACUUGGAGCAAGUUUCUCACUAAUCAACUAAAUUAACUUAUUACUUAUAUUUUGUAUCAACUAAGUUGCAGGUGUACUUUUUUUUUUGCAAGUUUUGUUGCAAUAAUUACGUAAGUAAUAUAAUAAUGAUAUAUGAUAAUAUAUAUAAAUGUUAAGUUUUUUUCUGAGGGGAAAUUAUGCUUUGUUUACUAUUAUGUUAGUUAAGGCUGCAAAUACCUUCAGAAAAUGAAGCAUUUAAUUUGACACCUUCUCAGUGAAAAUAUGUUAAACCAGUUUUUAAAACUAAGAUAGCUGACAGGAUAAUCCUAGGAAUAAGAUUAUAUAUGCUGAAGUAUUAGUUCUAUUUUGAUUAAACAUUGGAAUUCUGGAAUUCAGAGAAUAAGACUAAGUCUUCAGUUUCUUCUGGUUUUAAUUUUUAUUGAAGACAUUGUGUUUUAAUUAUCUUGGAUUAAAAUAAUUUAUUAAAACAAAUAUUUUCUCCAACCAAUUGUUUUGUCAAGAAGAAAGUCCCUGUUCUAUUUAGGUCUUUCCGACAAGUUUUGUUUUGUAAUUUAUUUGAAAGAACAUGUAACAUUGCUGCUAUUAAGUGAUUUUAUUUUUUGACUCAGUCAGUGGACAUUUUGCCAGAACUGUUUCUUGAGGAUGCAUGUUGCUUUUUUUUUUCAUUACUAUUAUUAUUAUUGAUGCCUAAUGUUUCUACAAAAAAAAAGAAAAAUGAAAAACCAAAACAUUCUUCAUCAGUUUGGAUUAAAUGUUCCUGUCGUCAAACCAAUGGGGCUUCUUUAUCCGAAAUUAAUUUCAGAAUGAAGCACUAAAAUAUUUUUGCUUGAUUAUUAAAACAUAUUAAAAUAUA